AUGAAGUUAAUCAACCACCAAGACGUCGUACAUCUUGUACGUCUGCAGACGCAGCGACUCAGAAGCCUGGAUGGAGGCGCUCUUGUUCCCGUCGCCGUUGUUCUUAUCCUAGUGCUUGCUGGCGUUUACAUCUCUCUUGUUCCAAACUCCAUCACAGAUCCUCGCCGGCGAAAACUACCCCCAGGGCCCCCCGGCUGGCCUCUGAUAGGCAACCUCUUUGAUCUCUCCGACUCGGAGCAGGUGCGCAACAAGGUCCGCGAGUGGCAUCGCAAAUACGGUGACGUUUUCUACACCAAGAUCGGCGCGACCGACUACAUUUGGUUAUCUUCUCCAAAGGCUGUCAAGGAUUUGAUGGACAAGAAGUCAGCCAUCUACUCCUCCCGACCCCAUCUCCCCCUUGCCCAAAAUAUCGCCAGCGGAAAGUCACGCCAGCUGUUUAUGGCUUACGGGCCUGAAUGGAGAAGCCUUCGGAAGCAUAGCCAUGCCCUCUUGAACCUGAAUGCUUCCAAGAAGUACAGACCUGUGCAGAACCUCGAGUCCAAGGUAGUCCUGCACGACCUCUUGACUCGGCCCGAUCAGUUCUACACCAUCAACCGCCGGUACUCCACCUCGGUCAUCAUGCUCGUCGCCUACGGAUACCGUGUCCCGAGCUUUGAGGAUCCCUUGAUCACAAAGAUCUUCAGUGUCCUCGAGAAUCUCUCCAUCAUGAUGGCGCCUGGAGCCUUUGCAGUUGAGACCCUUCCUGGCUUGGCCAAACUACCCCAGUUCUUAUUUGGCAACUGGCGAUCUUGGGGAGAAAAGGCCUUUACCCACGACAGCAAAAUCUAUCUCGAGCUAUGGGAAACCUUGAAGAGAACCACGGAUGCUGGGACUGCCAGGGACAGCUUCUGCAAGGAGUUCUAUCUCAACGACCCAAAGUCAAAGGGCAUCGACGACCUACUUGCGGCUUACACCUGUGGUGGCUUGGUUGAGGCCGGGUCCGAAACAACCGCCACCACCAUCAACAACUGGACACUUGCCAUGACUCUCUACCCAGAAGUCAUGAAGAAGGGCCAGGAAGAACUCGACCGCGUGGUCGGAACAGACCGGAUGCCCCAGUGGGAGGAUGAAGCUGAUCUGCCCUACAUCCGCGCCAUGAUCAAGGAGACGCUGAGGUGGCGACCAGUCAACAAGUUUGGAAUGUACCAUGCAUCGACCGAGGAUGACUGGUACGAAGGCCACUUCAUCCCUAAGAACUCGGUGGUGGUUCUCAACUGGUGGGCAAUCCAACGCGAUCCCAGCCGUUACACCGACCCAGACACCUAUGAGCCAGCACGCUAUCUCAACAGUCCCCUCACGGCUGCCGAGUAUAUGAACUCUCAGGACCCAUACGACAGAGAUCACUUCUCCUAUGGAGCUGGCCGCCGCGCGUGCCCUGGCGUUCAUCUGGCCGAGAAGUCACUCUUUAUUGUCAUUUCAAGGACGCUAUGGGCUUUCAAUAUCGAGAAGAAGAAGAGAGCCGAUGGGUCAACUGUCGAGCCUUCAACGACCAUGAUGGCUGGCUUCCUCAGCGUUCCUGAGCCGUUCGACUGCUCCAUUACCUGCCGCUCAGACAAGCACAGACGUAUCAUCGAGAAAGAGUUUGAGGGUACCAAGACUGACGAACUGAUUUACUGA